ACAUGAGAGACGUGGCACCUUUUCUAGUGGGAAUACGAUAUGAUCUGCCACGUCUCUCAUGUGGUGUUAUAUCUUGUUUUGUCACUUGUCCUUGAUUUAAAAUGCUCAUCGACCUUUGGAAAGCAGUGAAAUAUUGAUCUAUAUUGGUACUGGUUAAAUCCUUACAUGGAUGUGAUUUUCGAAAGUUCACGUAUUGCAAAAAAUGUUUCAUUCACAACUUAUUGCCGUCUAUUAGAAAAGCUAGCAUCAAGUGAUGGGGUCAAGACGAAAGAAAAAAUUUUGUCCAAAUUUAUAAUUUUAUGGGAGACCCAGUAUCUUGCAUUAGACUCAAUAAGUCAGUAUCCGUGUGGUGGUCGAGCUAGUCUUUAUUUACUCUUACGUUUGUUGAUUCCUUCUCAUGAUAGAUCAAGGAAAGCUUUCGGAUUACGUGAACAAACACUAUCAAGACUAAUAAUUAAAGCUAUUGGGCUUGCCCCAAACAGUCUGGCUGCUCGUAAACUUUCACAUAUUCAUCCUAAUAUUAUCCAUCGACAGACUGAUUUUGCCGAUGUAGCAUAUACAGUACUCAAAGCUCGAAGUCGUGAGGACAGUGUUUUGUCUGUCAAGGAUCUGAAUGCUCAUUUAGACGACCUGACUACUGCUGAGUCAUAUCAGAUGCGUUUACAAGUAUUGCGAUCGUUGUUACAGUUAACUACAGCUUUAGAACAAAAAUGGAUUAUACGUCUUAUUGUCAAACGAGAUUCUGGUUGUGGCCUAAGCGGGAAGAGUAUUCUCAAAUGCUUUCAUCCAGCUGCGGUCUCUGUUUUCGAAGUCACACAAGAUCUUCUCCCGCUAUGUGAACGAAUUGCAAAUAUACCUUCUUCCAACAUAUCUAUGUUGACAGGACUUGCUAACGAUCUAAGCAACUCAGUCAAUGUCACUCUUUUUGUUCCAUUUCGUCCCAUGUUAUGCGAGCGGGCUAAUAGUGGUGAUAUGCUAGUUAACGCAGCACUACAUUUGUACGGUAAACAGAACCAAGGUGAUACUAAAGGAUUAAAACUUCUUUUCGAAACGAAAUUCGAUGGAGAACGAGUUCAAGUUCAUAAAUCAAGUAAUUCUUAUCGAUAUUGGUCAAGAAAUGGUUUAGAAUGGACAGCAAGCUAUGGUGAAGAUGGUACUCGAGAUUUUGACAGAUUAUCUGCUCAAUUACAUUGUGGAUUUGCACAGCAUGUAACUGAUUGUAUUCUAGAUGGAGAAAUGAUGAUAUUUAGUAAUUGGUCAAAGUCAAUUAGGUCAAAAUCAACAAAAUUCGAUGUAAAACGAAGUUCUUAUCAAAAUCCAGAAAUCGAUAAUUAUCAACCGUGUUUCAUUGUUUUCGAUAUACUUUAUUUGAAUUCACAAUUAUUAACUUCAAAGUCCUUACUGGAGCGUAAACAUCUUCUAUCAGAGGCAUUUAAUUUGAAUUCCACAUCAUUGGAUACUGACUUGUUUAUGGAUAGUGAUGAAUCAUUAGAUUUCAAACCAAUCCCUAUUAUAGAUGGUAUUAUAUACGUUUCCAAAUGGUAUACUGCCUCAGCACAUCAGACAGAAGUUGCAAGAGCUUUUAAUCAUCUUGUGAAUGAUCAUCAAGAGGGUCUUAUAGUGAAAAUAGCUGAUUCUCCAUCUCCUUAUCUGCCUGGUAUUAGAACUGAUAGUGGCUGGUGGAAAAUUAAACCAGAUUAUAUACAGGGUUUAUUAGAAGACUUAGAUUGUAUAAUUGUCGGUGGUUAUUUUCAUCAUCGUGGGAAUAAGAUAAUAACAAGAGUUAACCAUUUUUUAUGUGCUGUUCGGGGUGAUGAAUCUACUUCAGAAGAUAAUUUCAAUCGAACACGGUUUUAUACAUUUUGCAAGGUUAAAUCUGGGCUAACAGUUAAACAAUUGAAAGAAAUCAACAAGUUGUUAGGAAAACAUUGGAAGGUGUACGAUAAGAAACAUCCUAACUCUAGUUCUACUGAAUGGUUGUGUGUGAAUUCUGAACGCCCAGAUGUAUGGAUAGCUCCACAAUCAUCGCUUGUUUUACAGCUUCAUGGAGCUGAGUUAAUCCAGAGUGAUUCAUAUUCUUGUGGAAUGACUCUUCGAUUUCCUCGUGUGGUGGCUAUACGUUAUGAUAAAAAUUGGUGUGAUUCUCUGUCAAUGAGUGAAUUAAUUAAGCUAAAUACUGAGACAGAGGGUAAAUUAGCCACAAAGCGAUUGUCAAUCGUGCCAACAUUUUCUGGACUUGCAGAUGUCCAACAUCAACACUCCUUUCCAGAUAUAAGUAAUUUGAAUAAUAGUUGUUCAAACACAAAUCAAAGUAGUGGGUAUCAUACAUUAAAUGAAACCACAGAACAACAGACAACUGAAUUGUUUAUAAAUAUUGAUGAACCUUUAGCAACAUCUUCACCUAUUAAACAACGUAAAAUUGAUAUUUAUCAUGAACAUUUAAACUAUUUUGAAAAUCAUGAAAUAUGCCUUUGGUUAUCAAAUGAUAUUGAAUUGAAUAAAAAAAUAGAAUAUGAAACUAUUAUCCGUCACUAUGGUGGUGUUGUUGUACAAAAUCCAUCUGAAAGUACUUUUUGUAUUGUUGUUGAUAAACUUACAUUAAAGACAAAAAAUUUACUAAACUAUUCCAGUACUUCAAAAAAACGCUCUUCAUCUAUUGAAUACAAUGUAGUUCACUUGAACUGGUUACUUGCUUGCAUCAAUAAGAAAUCUCUGUUAGCAUGGAAACCAAAAGAUAUGUUUGCAAUGAAUUCAUCUGUCGCUGCUAAAAUGGCACAAGAAUAUGACAAAUUUGGUGAUAGUUAUAGUGAGCCUAUUACAUCUGAUGAAUUGAAAUUAAUCUUUAAUGAUAUUUCAUGCUUUGGAUCAGUUACAGAAGAGAAGAGGGAUAUACCAAAGUUAACAGUUCCAAAACUCACUCAUUAUUCAAAGUUAAAACUUUUAUUAGACGAAUUUCCAAAUGAUAUGGAAGUGUUACAUCCUUUGACGGGUUAUAUUCUAGUACUUAUACGUCCAUUGUUCAGUUUAGAAAAUGAUGAAAAGAAGACUGUACUGACUAGUUUGGAAAUUCAUCAACAAUUAAUGAUUAUUGAUCUACGUAGACUUGGUUCAAUGUGUAUAGGACCUAUUGGUAUUUAUAAACUGGAGUCUGUAUCUAAUUUACAGUCUUUGUUGAAUAUGACCUAUCAUAAUUUUUUAUCUGUCGAUUCACAUACGAAUGAUUGUAUGCGAUCAUUAUGUAAUAAUUGUAUCAAUCCAACGCAUGUUGUAGUGUUAUCGUCUUCCCAAGAAAAAGAGUUUAAUAUUUGGUUAAACGAGAAUUAUUCAACAUUAAACUCUUGGAUUCGUCAAUUUCCUCGUAUACCACAUUUCAUUAAAGAUAGUUGGUUAACUGAAUGCAUUAUGCAAAGCAAUUGGUGUUCAGAAUUGAAUCAUUUGAUUGAAAUGAAUUAAAUUCAUCAUUCUUUCAUGCUGUUCAUCCAGCUUUUGAAGUGAAACGGUAGUUUAGUGGCUAGACCACUUGUCUUCCAUCCGAAUAGGUCACAGACUCAAAUUUCACCUCACCCUUACUUCGAUUUGAGCAGGCAUGUAGUGUCAUUAAUCCUUACAUAAAUUAUAUCGGGCUCAAGGCUGGUGAGUACAUCAACUUGUACAUGAUAAAUGAGCUCUAUUGUUAUCUGUAUUGUAUAUUAUUAUUUACUUUGAUUGCAAUACUCCGUAAAGAAAAAAAUGAUCGAAUACUUCACAUAAUCUACAGCUGAAUUUUUUUAUUGAUAAUGUCAAUAUUCUUUUCUUCAAACUUAUUUAUCUUUGAAAGCCCUUAUUCUUUCUAUUUCUCCACUUCUAUGAAUUGAUCAUUAUUAAUCAUCAUUAUUUGUGCAACUAGUUUCUAAUUCUCUUUUUUCAUUAUUUUUAAAUAUAAUACCAGUUUAUUUUUGUAUAAUUUUGUUUUAUCAAUCUGUGAUAAUUGGAAAAAAUACAACAUUAUGUUUUCUCU